AUGGCAUCCAGUGGAAAAUAUCUCGUGCUGUUGCUGGCAAUAAUUCCAAUAUUUGCCCAAGAAUUCGUGGUUGAGAGGAAGAAGAUUUUGGGAUAUGAAUAUCCCUUCGAAAUCAUCGCCGAUCUGGACAAGAAGGCGCUAACUUCUGGCCAGAAGAACACCUACGUUUCCAACAUUCAACUGGGCUCGGUUUACGUCCUGAACAACACAAUCACGGAUAUCACUCUCUCUUCUGAGUCUCACGACGUGGUGACGAAGUAUUCCUUCAACGGGCGCGGAGCUGAAUUGUCAGAAUUGCUGAUCUUCCAUGAGAAAUUGUACACAUUUGACGACAAAUCCGGCAUCAUUUUCGAUGUGGAGAAGGACAAACUGAUUCCCUGGGUGAUUCUGUCUGACGGCGCCGGCAAUGAGACGAAUGGCUUCAAGUGCGAAUGGGCGACAGUCAAAGAUGAUCACGUUAUCGUGGGUUCUCACGGCGUGGAAAGCAUGACGCCCGAGGGCAAAGUGAAGAGUCGCAAUGCAUUCUACGUGAAGAAGAUCACCGAAGACGGUGGAGUGAUUCACGAGAACUGGUUUGAGGUGUACGACAAACUUCGCAGAGCUGUGGGAAUGCCUUUCCCAGGCUUUGUGGUGCACGAGGCUGCGCUCUGGUCGGCCAUCAAUGAGAAGUGGAUCUUCCUGCCGCGCAAAUGCUCGAAAGAACCCAUGAACUCGGACACCUUUGACUACAUCGGAUGCAAUCUCAUUAUCCUGGCCAAUGAGGACUUCUCGAAGAUCGAGAGUCAUGAGCUUUCAGAUCCACCACUCGUGAAUCACCGCGGAUUCUCAUCCUUCCAGUUUCUUCCCAACACAGAUGAGAAGAUCAUCAUUGCUCUCACGACCAUUGAAACGGUUCAGGAAGUGGCGACGUAUAUAAUUGCCCUGGACAUCGAAGGCAAAGUGCUCUUUCCAGAGACGAAGAUCUUGAGUGAGAAGUUCGAAGGGCUUUCCUUCCUUCAGCAUCUGCUGGGAAAUGAUUAA